AUGGUGCUCACAGUCUACCUUGACCCCAUCACCAUCAACUGCCGCAAGGUGUUGUCGGGCCUCGACUUGAUGGGCAUACGGUAUGAGACAAAACAUGUCGACUUCUUCAAGGGCGAGCAAAAAGCACCCGAGUUUACCAAGAUCAACCCCAUGGCCACCAUCCCAGCGGCCACCGAUGGUGAUCUUGUCUUGACUGAGUCGAACUCAAUUCUCCAAUACGCCGCAGAUCACGCCAAGGAUGAGUCUUUCUACCCAAAAGAUCUCAAGAAGCGGGCCGAUGUGAACCGAUGGCUGCUAUGGGAAGCUGCGACAUGGUUCGGUGUCAACUACACAUAUGUCGUCCAGAACGUCGUCGUGCCGGAAUUGUUCAAGGGUCAGCCAGACCAGAAAGUCCUGGAUGAGGAGAAGCCCAAGUUCGAGACGGCUGCCCGCACCCUGGACGAGCGUCUGGCCAAGAGCAAGUUCAUCUGCGGCGACAACGUCACCAUCGCUGAUAUCGCCGUUGCGGCGCCCAUGCACAUGCACGAGUUCCAGAAAUCAGGUUUCGAGAAGUUCCCCAACAUCCAGAGAUGGAUCAAAGAGGUCGAGAAGAUCCCAGCUUGGAGCAAUCGACAAAAGGCUGUUGAGAAUGCUCUCAUGCCCAGUCGCGCGCAAACUAACGGUACCAACGGUGCCACUAAUGGCCACUCCAACGGCAGCGUCCGUGCCACGAUCAACUACACCAAAGACCUCGGCGACAAGCUCACCGAAAUCUACUUCUACGAAAGCCCCAAUGCCGAAGGCAUCCACGAGCCAGGCGAUGACCCGCACGAAAUGACUUUCCACGACGGCUGGUCUAAAGCCAAAGAUUUCCACGAGGACGUCAACGGCUUCGCCGUCAAAGACUUCAAGUCUUCACACUCCAACUGGGAGGACGGCGAGGCUGUCCAGAAGAACUUCUACCCUGAGAUUGUGGAGUUCUUGAAACGUGAGACAGGCGCCAAACGCAUCCUCGUCUUUGAUCACACGAUUCGCACCGCGGCGAAUAAUGCUAAGAAGCUUACUGACCAGUCCAAUACCUCGCAGCGAAGCCCCGUCAUGCUCGUACACUGCGACUAUACCGCCGAAUCUGGACCCCUGCGUGUCCGUCAGCUCCUGCCGGACGAGGCUGAGGAUCUUCUGUCCCGCCGCGUCGCUUUCAUCAACGUCUGGAAGCCCCUCAACGUGGUCGAGGAGCGACCUCUAGCGAUGUGUGACGUCAACUCAGCGCCAGCGUCCGACUUCUUCAAGCUGUAUCUACGGUAUAAUGACCGUACAGGCGAGAACUAUGUUAUGCGCCAUGCGGAUCGGCAUAAGUGGUACUACUUUCCCAAGAUGCGGCCGGAUCAGUGUAUCCUGCUGAAGACGUACGAGAGCGACGAGAGCAAGGCGAGAUUCGUGGGGCAUACGGCGUUUGAGGAUCCGACGAGUGCGAAGGAUGCGCCGAUGCGGGAGAGUGUGGAGAUUCGGACUAUCGCUUUCUUCUGA